AUGUCCCAAAACAUCCUCAUCCUAGGCGCAGGCGAACUAGGCCUCUGCGUUCUCGAAGGCAUGGCCAGCCAUCCUAAGCGUCAGCACCAACGAAUCACUGUGCUUAUGCGCCAGGCAACCCUCGACUCAGCCGCCCCCGAAAAGAGGAAGCUCAUCCAACAUAUCCAAUCCCUCAACGCCGGGUUCCAAGCAGGCGAUGUUGCGGCUGCCAGUGUAGAUGACCUAGCAGCCAUAUUUGCUAAAUACGAUGUCGUUGUAUCAUGCACAGGUAUGGCUUUGCCAUCAGACGUGCAGUUCAAGAUCCUAGACGCUGCCAUCGCUUCAGGCAUCAAGCGCUUCUUUCCAUGGCAAUUCGGCAUGGACUACGACGCCAUUGGAAGAGGCACAUCACAAGGUUUAUUCGACAAGCAAGUCGAAGCGCGCGAUAGACUACGCGCGCAAAACGACGUCGACUGGACAAUUGUGUCGACAGGCCUAUUCAUGAGCUUCCUAUUCCGCGCCGACUUUGGCGUCGUUGACCUAUCCCAAAAAAUAGUUCGCGGGCUAGGAAGCUGGGAAACAGAAAUCACCCUUACCACACCUCCCGACAUUGGUCGUGUUGCAGCAGAGUUAAUUCUCGACCCGCGCGGAAUCGGGAGCCGACCUGUUUAUAUCGCCGGCGACACAUUUACCUACGGACGCCUUGCGGAUUUACUGGACUCUCAUUUCAACACCAAAUUCAAGCGCGAAUUAUGGGAUUUUGAGAUUCUUACGAAACAAGCGCAGGAUGAACCGGAUAACGAGAUGAUCAAGUAUAGAUACUCGUUUGCGCAGGGACGAGGUGUGGCGUGGCCCAAGGAGGGGACUUUUAAUGCGGAGAGGGGGAUUGAACUCACUGAUGUAAAGACGUAUCUUGAAAAGAUGGACUUCAAGGUUGGAGAGUAG